GACAGUGUAUGUUGACAAUGGCCACUGCGACCUAAAGGGCUCGGGUUAAUCUAAAAAUAACAAUUGAUAAAACUUUGAUAAAUUUUGCUCCGAUAUUUAAAAAAAAUUACUCAUUUUACUCAAAUAAUAAUAAAGAAUAUCAUACACAAUUAUUAACAAUAUAUUUUAUCCAAAAAAACAUAAAAAAAGUUGAUUAUUUUAAUUAUUUAUUUAAAAAAAAAAAUAAAUGAAAAAAGUUUGUGUGUCGUUUAAUGUGUAUAUGAUGAAAUGUUUGUGACGCGAUGAACAAGGAUUUGAAGCGCAGUGUGUGGCACUCAAACGAACUUGCCAGUUGUGUAUUUUUUUUACAUAAAUAAUAUAUUUUUUUAAAAAACAAUAAAAUAUUAUUAUUAUUUAUCUAUUAUUAAAGUAUUAAAAAAAAUUUUAAAGCACAAUAAUUGUAUAAUUUUUAAGGUAAAAAAAAAAACAAUUUUUAAAAAAACCGAAAAAUAUUAAAAGUGAGCUAAUAAAUUAUUAAAAUAUUAAAGAAAAAAAAAACAACAAAUUGUAAUAUGCAAAGUAUAUUUAUAUUUAUACGAUAAUGCCUUGUAUAAUUAAAAUACGGUGUUAAUAAUAAACACGGCAUGAUAAAAUAAUUGGUAAAGGAACGAAAGGAUGAGCCACAAUAUUGCAGGCAUGCCACCCUUUGCAAGGAUGCCGCUUGGUGGUAUGGGAAUGGGAGUGGGCAUGGGACCAAAUGUACCACAUCCAGAGCCCAAUGCUCAUCCUCAUCCACCACCACCACCUCCAGCUGGUGCUAAUCCUAAAAAAAAGCGACGUACAAAUACAAAUGUUGCACCACCACAACCACAACCAGCUCCAACUGUUCAGGAUUUAUUACCACCUCCAUUAUCUGGUUUUGGUGAUACAAUAAUUGCUAGUAAUCCAUUUGAUGAUGCACCACAACAAAAUACACAAAAUCAAAUGAUGCAUGGUGGACCACCAUUACAUAUGCAUCCACAUCAUCCACAUCAUAUGAGUGGACCACCAAUGCGUGGUAUGAGUCCAUUAGCACCAAUGGGAGGUAUGAGUCCAAUGAUGCCAAUGGGAAAUAUGAGUCCAAUGGGUAAUUCACCAAUGGGUAAUCAUAUUAAUCAUAUGGGUGGUAUGUCACCAAUGAGCCAUGCACCAAUGGGUGGUAUGUCACCAAUGAAUAAUAUGGGACAAAAUAUUGGACCACAAGGACCAAUGAAUACAAUGAAUAAUCAUAUGAAUAUGAGUCAUAUUAAUAAUCAACAAAUGAGUGGACCAUCAAUGGGUAGUCCAAUGAAUAAUAUUAAUAAUGGACCAAUGGGUAGUCCAAUGAAUAAUAUGGGACAUAAUUUAGGUAGUCCAAUGGGUGGUGGUAUGGGAUCACCAAUGAAUAAUAUGCCUGGUAAUAAUCAUAAUCAUAUGCAAAAUGGUCCAAUAAAUAUUAAUAAUAUGAAUAAUCAUAUGACACCAAACAGUCCAUUAAAUGGACCAACAAUGAAUAAUGUUAAUAGUCCAUUAAAUCAUAAUGGUUCACAACAAACACAUCAAAAUCAUAUGGGUGGUAAUAAUCUCAAUAAUUUAGGAAGAACAAUUAAUGGACCAAUGACAGCAAUGAAUUCAAUGGUAACAAAUAAUAUGAAUAUGUCAGGUGGACCAAAUUCAAUGAAUAAUAUGAAUAUGAAUGGACCACCAAUGAAUAAUAUGGCAAAUAUGAAUAUGCCACAUCCAAAUCAAAUGGGACAUAUGGGUCCUGGUGGUCCUGGAGGUCAUAAUAAUAAUAAUAAUAGUAAUAAUGUUAAUAGCAAUAAUGGUGGUGCUCAUUCAGGUCCUGGUAAUAAUAAUAAUAACAAUAAUAAUAAUAUGAGUGGUGGAUUACCAAUGGGACAUCAACUAGGGGGUAAUAUGCCACCACAUGGUUUUCCAGGAUCUGGAAUGGGACCAAAACCAAUGCCAGUAUCAGCUGGAAAAAUUUAUCCUAUUGAUCAAUCAAAAGUUUUUAAUUCACAAAAUCCAAAUGCACCACCAAUUUAUCCAUGUGGAAGUUGUCAUAAAGAAGUACAUGAUAAUGAUCAAGGAAUUCUCUGUGAAUCUGGCUGUAAUUUUUGGUAUCACAGAGCGUGCUCAGGAUUAUCAGAAAUGGCAUUUCAACUAUUGACUCAUGAAGUUUAUGCUGAAUGGGUGUGUGAUAAGUGUUUACAUUCAAAAAGCAUACCUCUUAUUAAGUUGAAGCCAUAACACCUCAUAAAUAGUAGUCGUAUCAUCGACACGCAAGUGACACUUUGUUAAAGUUUAUUAACUAUAUAAAUAAAAUAAUUAUACACUGAAUGAAUUUUUUUUACACAAUUAUAAUUGGUGUUGUAAAUGAACUAUGCACGCCUUUUAUAAUCACAAAAAAUUAUGAUGAGAUAAAAAUAUUAAAAGGAAUUUUAAAAAAUACACUUUCACUUUUACAAUAUACACGCUUGGGAAUAUUGUUAUUAAUCGUAUGCAGUAUUUGUUGCGAAUUAUGUCAUUGAACCACGAUGUUUGUUAAUGAAUUUUUAGCUCUAACUUGUUGACAACUUAGGAUAUUUCACUGCAACUUUAAGUUAAGCAGGAUUUUAAAAAAAAAAAACGUUACAAUUGAGACUAUAAUAUUAAUCUCGAGUUAAUUAUUAUUUAUAAUAAUAAACUCUUGAAAAAUAUAAUUAUCAAUUUCAUUGAUUAUUAAUAAUACUAUUAUUAUUUUUAUUAUAAAAAUAAAAAAAUUUAAAAAAAAAAAAAACACAACCAGACUAUUGUAAUAAUUAAAAAAGAAAAUUUCUAACGCAAUUGUGACAUAGUAAAAAAAAGAAAGCAAUGUUUUUGUAAAUUAUUUUUUUUUUUAAAUUAUGAUCUGUGAUUUUUUUUUUUUUCAUUUUACAUUUGAUACAAAAUUUUAUUAAUUUUGUUAAACAGUAUAAUUUUCACUGGCCUGUACAUUCGUAUAAUUAAUUUGUAUAAUUAAUGUCAAAAAAAAAAAAAAAGAAAAAUGACUUAAAAAUUAUUGAAAUAGCCUAAAUCGUUAUUAAUUAAAAACACAAAAAAAAAAAAAAUAUAAAAAUUAUACUUACUAAUUUCUCAAUUUUUUAAAUGAUCCUUGACAAAAGAAAAAAAAAAUAAGCAUCUUGCCCGAGUUGAUGUCGACUCUAAUAACAAAAUAAAUAAAAAAAUAACUUUUGAAAAUUUUUAAAAAUUCCAUUGGCAGCUAAUAUGGAAUCAACGUGUCCACGCGUAUUGUACAGAACAUUAUUAUUUUUUUUAAUAGUAUAUAUAAAUAAAUAAAUAAAUAUAGAAAUAUUAUAUUAUAUAUAUAUUAGAAAUAUUGUAGCUAUACUCAUCGUUUUAUUGCUUAGAACUUAUAGUUUAAUCAUUCGUCAUUUAAAUGAAAACUAAAAGAUAUCAUGAAAAUAGAUUUAAACAAACAAAAAAAAAAUAUAAAUAAACAGGAUCCUACAUAACAUAAUGCUCAUAUUAGUAUUACAACGAAUAGAUUUAUCAUUAUUAUUAUCAUUAUUAUUAUUAUUGCCAAGUACUUUUUUUUUAUGUUAAUUUUUAUUUUAUUUUAUUUGUUUUUCUUGAUGAGUACAUGAUUCAAACCGACACACACAAAAUCAGGAUGAAAAUUAAUAGUAAAAAUGAAAAAAAAAAAAUUGUAUUAUUUGUAUAAAUACGACGAAAUGAGAAGGACA